AGAUAUUGUCUGUAAUAAAUAGUGGAGGUUUUGGUACUUGGGCAAAUGCAGAAUUUUGUACAAAAGGUCAUUAUGCUAUUGGUUACAGAAUGAAAAUCGAAGGACCACAUGAAGAUAGGUCAGAACUGAAUGCCAUACAAAUUAUCUGUGGGAGUAGAGGGAGUGAUCGUUGUAAUGACACGGCAAGUUCUGGUCAGCAGAUAUGGGGCAAUUGGACAGGGGAAGCACUUUGUCCAGCAAAAUCAUUUCUUACCGCAUUUUCUCUACAAGUAGAACAAUACAAUGCUACAAAAGAUAGUACAGGUGCCAAUUAUGUCAGAUUCAGAUGCAGAUAUUUCAAAAAUGAAUGUUAUGACUUUGAUCUUAGCUAUCCUCCUGGUUAUGGCAUGUAUGGCUCUUACGGCGAAUGGAGUGACGCUUGUCCAGCGAACAGUGCCAUAUGUGGUAUAAAGACUAAAAUAGAUGCUUACCAAGGAAAGCAAAUCGACGAUACUGCACUAAAUGAUGUUAAAUUCUUCUGUUGUGAAUAAAGAGUUACCGUCACUAUAGUAACAUGUACAGCGAUUAAACACUUUUGGUGUUUUUGAGUUUAGUCAACUAGGGAA